AAGAUAAACAGUUAAGUUAGCAAUUUUCCCGUUUGGCAUUAGGUCAUAUGAUAAGAGCGCAGCUAAGCAACGUGUUACUAUAAAAUACAUUUUGACGUGGGUGUUGCAGUUUGCCCCCGCCCUUUCUUGCUGUGUGUCAUUUGAAUUUUACCCCUCCUCCCGUGUAAAAAAAAAAAAGUCGUAGCCAUUUUUAUGUAGACUUAGCCAGCUUAACACUUGUCUGCGCUGCCUUACGAGUUAUUGAUGGAAUCUGCGAACUAACGUUAAGGAGGCACAGAGGGCCACAAUGACAUUCCAGACUGAUGGGCCAUGACUUUUGACAGUGGGGAGGGGGACUAUUACAGGUUCAUUUCUGCAAGGAAUCCACCAAGCUUGGAUUUCCCCUAUUGAUAUAUGCCAUGAGUCAUGAAGACGAGGCUGUUGAACGGGCAGUGUUGUCCUGGGCCAGGUUUUCCUCAGCCGGACAGACUGCCCUUAUGGAAGCCUUGCGAGUCUUUAACCCCAUAUCUAAGGAUCUGUGCGACAAUGAGCAUCAGAUGGUAUCUUUUCUGCAGGAACUCCGAGAGGAAGGUCACAAACCCACAGUUUUGAAGAGCAAAGAUGUGUAUGGGUACAGAUCCUGUACAACAGAGCCUCUCACACCAGAGACCGUGGCCAGAGCUCAGUGCAAGAUAUCAAGGCCUUCAAAAAAGAGAGGUCGCAAAUCUCUAGUUAAGAAGAAAGAGGUAAACUAUGCACUGCUGAGCUCAGCAGCUAAAGUCAUCCUAAAAAAACAACCCAAGAUCUUGCUCACAAACCUUUCAGUUGAUGCUCUUAAGCACACAGUCAACUGCAGAGAACAUUUACGGAUGGGAAUACCUGCCCUAAAGUUAACAAAUAUACAAGGACUCUCAGGAGGCCCCACUGCCAGACUGCAGAUCCACUUGGACACCCACAUGAUGGCGCGAUCUAAUAUUUGCCCCCCUGCUUUGUCUGGUUUUCCCUGUCAGCCUUUGAGUACUGCAGGCCAAGCCACAGCAGUUGUAGCUUUUAACAACAGACAUGUACACUCCCGACCUAUGAGGACAGACAUGACUCUCAUUGGAGAUUCUGCUCCUUUCAUGGUUCAAAAUGGCGUUCAUUUAAAAGGAAGCCAUAACGGCCAAAUGAUCAGUAAUGACCUAGAUUGGAGGACCGAGAAGUCGGAGUUGGAGAUUAUCGGAUGUCAUGAAGGUGUGCCUGGGUGCUCUUUGCUGACGAACAGCUAUGAACGUGUGCAGACCAAUAGUCUCCUUUGGAAAGUUAUCAAAGUGGACGACUCCUUCACAGAUGAAGAGGUCAGGAGGAAGGCCCAAAAGAUUUUUCAAGUUAAUUUGUCACCUGUUAUACAGAUUCAGCCCCUCAUCGUCCACCCUGUAUAGAACAAUAAAUAAAACUUGCAGUGACUUUUUGCAUCUAUUUUUUUUUUCUUAAGCAAAACGUUGGCUGUGCUCAUGACUUCGGUGUGCUCUACUGAUGGUAAGGAUUCCAGGCGGGAUUGAAGAUUUUGUUCGAGGCAGUGUUCCUUGAUUCCCUCAUUCCCUUGUCAAAAGAUUUAGGACUGUUGAUCUGAAGUGAAUAAGAUCUGAAGGGGUUUGGUGUAUACUACUGACAAAAAGUAAUACUUAGCAGAACUCCCUCUGACUCACCACCUAAGUCUGUUCUACGCCCUGGAGGCCACUCUAUUUUGGAUGAUAUUUGGCUAUUUAUACAUAACCUUCCUAUUACAUUGGUUCGUUGAUUGGAAGCACUUUUAUAUUGUUAACUUGAUUCUUAGAGCUCAUCUUCAAUUGCCUUUAUUUUUGAUGUGAACAAAUUUAUUUUUUAAGGCUGUCUUCAUCUGCAUUGUUGUUAUAUAAGGGGCCCAUUUUGUUUUUCAGUUUUUUUUCUGUCACCACCCCCCAUUCCCAACAGAUGUGAUCAAUUUGACCUUAUUUCUGUGUGUCUAUAAACAUGUGGAUGCAAAGUGUGAAGAAUGCCCUCUUUUUACAGCUAACAUCAAGAAAUGAAAUGAUGGGACAUUUUGGUGCCAACAUGCUCUUAAUAACUGGCUAACUCAAUUUCAUUUAUUGGUUCUUUAGCCUAUUUGAUACAUCUUAAAGAUUAUUGUAGAGGGGGAAUGCUGGCAUUAUCGUUUAAGAAUUUGAUGAUGAUCUGCUUACUUUAUGUACAUACAUGGUUUAGAACCAUAGGAGGAAGUUAGGACUUUUUUGCAAGUAAAUGGAAAUUCUGUUCUGUUUGUUUGUGGCAUGUCUACAAAAAGUAUUUUCACUAGUAAAUUAUUUGAGAUCGUCCAGCCUAGUCACAUUUGGAAACCGAUGGAGACAAAAGCAUUGAUGCUCAGUUAUUUUGGCUGACAGGAUGCUGAAUACAGACAAAAUACAUUUGAGGUGUUUGGUGGCAGUGGAUUUCCACUUGCACUCAAACACCACAGAAUCGUUAAGAGCAGUUUUAUCUCGGACUAACUUAUUCAGGUUUUUUAACCGUUGCCAUUAAAAUGCUGUCUCACUCAGAAAAGCUGCAUCAUACAUUUUGUUCUAUUUUGUCUGUUCUAUUUACUCUUUAGUCUAUUUGUAGGAAGGGCACGUAGGGACAUUUUGACGCUCUGGUAAGACAUACAAUUAACACAGAGCCCUUUGACAGUGUCUUAUUGCUUAGUACAUUUCUGAAAAAUGUUCUGAAUUCUUCCCCAUUGAUGUCCUCAUGGUCUCUUCCCAUCUCCCAUACAAUUUCAUAGUUGAGUCUGUGAGAAUGUUUUUUGAUGAACCUGUUGACAGUGUUGUACAUUUGUUUUAAGUGUUCAGAGAUGAAUUAAAAUUCAUAUGAAAAACAAAA